AUGCAGACGAGACCAGUGCGUGUGCUGAGCGAGCGCAUCAUGAGCCGGGGCUUUGAGCCUACCGUCGUGCGCCUUAUGGAAAAGGUCCAAAAGGUGGUGCGGGUGCAGCCCGGACUGAUCUCAUUGGAGACGCUGAGCGACGUGAACGACCACCAUAAAUACGUGGUGCUGUCCGAGUGGAAAUCACUCCAGGACUACAAGGCGUGGACAUCGAGUAAAGCGCACCGAGAGUGCACGGAACAGAUUGACGAGGUGUUGGACGUACCUGGCAAGCAAACGACGAUUUACAAGCAACCGAAGGACGACAUUUUUCUUCUUUAG